UACAGAACAGUAUCUUUUCAAGCAAUAUUUUGUGGCAGCAUGGCAACGAUACUAAUGAACGCGUUAUGGAAGUAUCGAUUUUUUUGCCAUGAUAAAAAGGUUUUGUGUGUAAUUUGACGACAAUUAGAUGGACCAGCGCCCGUGCGUGAUUUGCAGGCAACAAGUUCAGAGCAUGUAGUAUCACAGCAGCUACCAGUAUUCGCUCACUCUUUUGGUGAUCACCACUACCGAUACCGGAAGAGAUUUUCUCUCCGUUGCUGAUGCUAGUAAUCGUAUUAUAGGAAGCGAUGAGGUGCAGGCGUUCUCUGAGGUGUAGGACAUACAAAGUAGUCCUUGCCAUUGGCUGUAUAUUCAUCGUCGCACUUGUUUUACUGAUGAGCACGGACAAGUACGAGUCUUCUUCGAACCUCAUGGGACCUUUUGAACGCCAUGAUGAUAAGCAGAAUCAUGAACAGAAACAUGAACAACUUCCUCCACGCAGGCAGCAGGAGUCCAUCAAACUCUCGGUCAGUCCACCGGAGUUUCGCCAGGGUAUACUGGGGAACUACGAGAGUCGUGUACCCCCUCCGUUUCGCACCGGGCUAGGGGAGUCCGGAGUUCCGGUCAAAUGGGCAGAAGAAAAGAGAAACGAGUAUUCACAGAGUAUGAAAGAGUACGGGUUCAACGUGGCACUAAGUGACCAGAUAUCACUAGACCGAGCCGCACCCGACAUCAGAGAUAAACAAUGCAAAUAUUGGCACUAUCCGGAAAAACUACCCAAUGCAAGUGUAGUAAUUGCCUUCUCCAACGAGGGGUUCUCCACACUCUUGCGAACGGUUCACAGUGUUAUGAACACCUCACCGCCAGACCUGCUAGCUGAAGUUAUCAUGGUAGAUGAUAUGAGUGACAAAGCACAUCUCGGGGAAAGACUCGAGGAUUACAUCAAACAAGAAAGGUUUCUUGGUAAAGUCAAAAUCGUCCGCAAUACCAAACGAGAGGGCCUGGCCAGAACUCGAACAAACGGUGCAAUGGUAGCUAGAGGAGAAGUGGUCGUAUUCCUGGAUGCUCAUUGUGAGUGUAGCGUGAAUUGGUUGGUGCCCCUGUUAGCCGAGAUCGCACAUGACAGGACUACCGUAGUUUGUCCAACAGUUGAUGCAAUCACUGCUGAAGAUCUAUCCUAUCAUCCGCAAGGUGAUCUAUCGCGUGGGGCAUUCGACUGGGGAUUCUGGUAUAAGCGGAUUGCAGUAACGUGGGGUAACACCAUGGAUCGAAUUGGCAUGAAGUAUACAAGUCAGGCUUACGAUUCUCCUGCAAUGGCUGGCGGUUUGUUCGCAAUGGACCGGUCCUACUUCCUAGAACUUGGCGGUUAUGAUCCAGGACUCUUCAUCUGGGGCGGAGAACAAUUCGAAAUAUCUUUCAAAAUAUGGAUGUGUGGCGGUCGGUUAAAGUUCGUACCUUGCUCCAGAGUAGGUCACAUCUAUCGCCACGGUAUUCCUUAUAAGUAUCCGUCCAUUGACGGUGAUGUCAGCAUCGUAGAUAGGAAUUACAUGCGAGUGGCUGAAGUUUGGAUGGAUGAAUAUAAAGAACAUUUCUAUACAUUCAAGCCUAGAUUACGAGGGAAAUCAUGCGGGGAUAUCUCCAAACAGGUGGAAUUUAGGAAGAAAAACUGUCCCAGAUCAUUCCGUUGGUUCAUGGAGAAUGUAGCAUUUGAUUCACUUGAAUUAUUUCCUACACCGCCACCAAAUCGGUUUUGGGGUGAGUUUCGCUUAACUGGAACAUCAUUGUGCUUAGACUCAAUGGGCCAAAAACUCCCCAAUCUACGGAUUGGUGUGAGUGGCUGUCACGGUUUUGGCGGCAACCAAGAAUUCCGCUUAGGUACAACUGGUAGGAUUCAGUACGGCGAGGAUUGCCUGAUGCCGUCGGCAUCCAAUACCUACGUUAAAAUGAGCCGCUGCAGGGAAAGUCACCGACUCGUUGGGGACGUGGACUUCUGGUCUUUUAGCGAGGAAAAUGGUUUGAUUCGUUUGAAAAAGACCAAUUUGUGUAUAGACGUUGAUACAAGCAAGACAAAUGACGUUAAUCUCAAAGAGUGUGACCCAAACAGCAAACGGCAAAAAUUUACCGCCAAUAAAGUGGCUUGAAGUAAGCCUAUCACCAUUGGACGAACUGAUUGGGAAGGCAAACGUAUAACCAUACUGCUUCGACAUAACACAGAAAGUCUGAAAUAUGGCUGUUUAGUAAUGACAGUAAAGUUCGUCUGAAAUUUGAUAUUGGAUAUUAGAGUAUAGAGUUCUAUACAGUGACCGUCUACCUUGUGCAUCGAUAUUGGAUAUUGGACAGUCCCAUAGGUUUGUACAGCAAAUAUCGAUGUUGCUUUUUUUGAUAUUGGAUGUUGGAUAUUCACAUAGGUUUCUACAGUGAAUGUCUACCUUGUACAACGAUAUUGGAUAUUACACAUGGUGUUAUACCCAAAACAGCCUGAUGAAAUCUAAAAAACUCACGUUUGCCUCGACUGUUUAUAAUUUAAUUUGUUUGUUCUUUUCUAUUUUAUUGACGGGCAGUACAAACACAUUAUACACAUAUGCCAAACUGUGUCCACCAUUAGCCUUAGUUGAUUAAAAAAAGCCCCCAUAUACUAUUUGGUUGCUGCUUCAAUGGUUUUCCUUAUGAAUAAACAUUAAUAACAAAUGGGUUUGAUUUAUUUGUUCUCACCGAAGGUCAGAAUAAGCGCAGUACUCGCCAACAUCCAGAAAACAUCAAAUUAUAAUAAUUACAUGCAGUUUAUACUCAAUGUGGAUAAUAUUCAACCACGAUGGCGAGCAAAUUUGAAUUAAUUCUGUGAGUGUUCAUUACACAGUUUCGUAGUUUCAGUUUUCAGAGUUUUAUUUUUCUUUCCUUUUAUUUAUCUGAACAUAUGAGGCUUAAGUUAUUUUAAUUAAUUAUCCUUUGUUUGAGUAGUAUUCCUUUUUGUUUUUCAGUAAAAAUGUUGUGAUAUCGAACGAUACACACUUACAUUCAAGCAAGAGCAGUUUAGGUGUUAAUUGGGUUCAUUGUUUGUUUACUAUCGAAUUGACCUUUGUUUACUAUCGAAUUGACCUUUGUUUACUAUCGAAUUGACCUUUGUUUACUAUCGAAUUGACCUUUGUUUACUAUCUGAAUUAGGAAGAGGAUGAGGGGGGAAUGGUCCUCGAACCUUCAGGGGGGGGGAGCACAAAGUCACACAUACGAAUGUAAAGCAUAAAUAAGUGAAUGUUUCUCUCUAAAAUAUUGAGACCAAUUUCAGAACUGACUCCGCGGCAGUACAGUUAAUUACGACCCUACAAGCUAAAGUAGUAGUCCAG